AUGGGGCCGUGGCGGUGGCCGCUGCUCUGGUGCUUGCAUGCGGUGCUGAUCCACGGCACCAUCCUCACGGGGGGCCAACGCCCGCAGGAGAGACCCCCCCGGCCAGCGGGAUGGUCCCCAGCCCCAUCGUCCUCCUGGGCACCCACGUCGGAGCCGGGAGCAUCGGGGGACCCCGAGGGCUCGGCGGCGGUGCUGGCUUUCCUGCAGACGGGCGAUGCGCAGCGGCUGGCCCGGGCCAACUGCAGCCGGGGUGUCGCGGCAGGGGCGCCCGGCCCCGGCCCCCCCGGCGCUGCGUGCCGCCUGCGUGCCGCCCCCGAGGCGCUGGCCCACGCCGCCAACUUCCUCAACAUGCUCUUCCAGACCAACGACAUCCGCGAGGCCAGCGUGGCCGAGGACGUGGAGUGGUACCAGGCGCUGGUCCGCAGCCUGGCGGAGGGGCACCCAUGGGUGCGCCGGGCGGUGCUCGCCCUCGACGCCCACCCGCUGGCCGCCAAGCCCCGUCUGAUGCUGCAGGCCACCAAGGGGGACGGCGAGAUCCUGCUGCAGGACGUCUCCGCCGCCGCUCCCAGCCUCGGCAACCUCAGCUGGGACAACGAGUGGUUCAACGCCCUCAGGUCCCAGCAGACCCCCCUCCUCCGCAAGCGCGUGCUCAGCAAUGACCUGCGCAGCAUGGAGACCCCCAAGUGGCAGCGGGGCGACAGCUACGUGGGGGAGCCGGGCCACGUGCGGUGGUCCCCGCCGUUCCUCGAGUGCCGGGAUGGCAGGUUCCUGCCCGCCUGGGUGGUCACGCUCUCCUCCGCUUUCUACGGGCUCAAGCCAGACCUCAGCCCUGAGUUCAAGGGUGUCGUGCGGGUGGACAUCGAGCUGCGGGAAGCGGAUGACCAGUGCGCCAGCGGGCCGGGCUGGUUCGCGGACACGCACCGCUGCGACCUCAACAGCACCCAGUGUGUCCCCCAGGAGAGCCGCGGCUUCGUCCUCGGGAGGUACCUGUGCCGCUGCAAGCCGGGCUUUUAUGGGGUCAGCGGAGCCGCCAGCGGUGCCUGGGCAGGGAGCGUGGCGGGGGCGGACGGGGGGUCCCGGCUGGCAUGCCGGCCCUGCCGCCAGGGAUGCACCACCUGCGAGGACGAUGCACCCUGCCUGAUCCAGGAGGACCGGGCGCUGCGGGCAGCUGUCCUCUCCUGCCAGGCCUCCUGCAUGCUGGCCGUCUUCCUCAGCAUGCUCGUCUCCUACCACUUCCGACAGAGCAAGAGGAUCCGGGCGUCAGGAGUCAUCCUCCUGGAGACGAUCCUCUUCGGGUCCCUCCUCCUCUACUUCCCCGUGUUCAUCCUGUACUUCAAGCCGAGCAUCUUCCGCUGCAUCGUCCUGCGCUGGGUGCGCAUGCUCGGCUUCGCCAUCGUCUACGGCACCAUCACCCUCAAGCUGUACAGGGUGCUGAAGGUGUUCCUGUCCCGCACGGCCCAGCGGGUGCCUUACGUGUCGAGCGGGCGAGUGCUGAGGAUGCUGGGGCUGAUCCUGCUCCUGGUGCUGUGGUUCCUGGCGGCCUGGACCAUCGGGAUGCUGGAGAACGUCGACAAGAACAUCCCCCUGGUGAUCCGCACCCAGACCGCCCGCGGGCUCCACUUCUACAUCUGCGGCCACGACCGCUGGGACUACAUGAUGGUGAUCGCCGAAAUGCUGUUCCUGCUGUGGGGCAGCUUCCUGUGCUACGCCACACGCACCGUGCCCUCCGCCUUCCACGAGCCCCGUUACAUGGGCAUCGCGCUCCACAACGAGCUCAUGAUCUCGGCCGCCUUCCACAUAGUCAGGUUCAUCAUGGUCCCCUCGCUGCACCCUGACUGGACCCUGCUGCUCUUCUUUGCUCACACCCACGGCACUAUCACCAUGACCCUGGCGCUGCUUUUCAUCCCGAAGUUCCUGCACGCCGGCUCGUCGCUGCGGGAGGAGAUCGCAGCCGAGGUCUACGAGGACGAGCUGGACAUGCGGCGCUCGGGCUCCUGCCUGAACAGCAGCAUCGCGUCCGCCUGGAGCGAGCACAGUCUUGACCCCGAUGACAUUCGGGAGGAGCUGAAGAAGCUUUACGCGCAGCUGGAGAUGCACAAGACGCGGAGGAUGGCGGCCAACAACCCCCACCUCCCCAAGAAGCGCAGCUCCCGCCGCAGCCUGGGCCGCUCCAUCGCGCGCCGCGUCGCCGAGCUGCCCGACGCCGUGGCACGCCAAAGCAGCGGCGGGGAGCGGGUGGACACCCCGGCACGCCGCGGAUCCUCGGCCAAGCGGCUCCCUGACGCCGGCGGUGCCAGCCUGCGGAUGCGGGAUGACGGCUCCCGGCGCCGUGCCGCAGCCCUGCACAAGUCCCGCAGCACCGAGGGUCCCGCACAGGAGCCCCGGGAGGCUCACCCACCCCUGCCCCCCCGGGAGCCUGCGCCGGGGAGGAAGAUGAUGGUGGCGACGGCCUCGGAGCAAUCUGACAGCGAGUCCCUCGAUGCCGCCCCACUCGUGUGCAAGUCGGCCAGCGCCCAGAACCUGGCAGGGCACGGGCAGCCCCCCCUGCCCCUGGCAGCCCCCUUGCAGAAGUCGCUCAGCGCUGUCACCGUUGCACGGGAAGAGGCCCUGCUCGAUGCCAGCCGAGCUGCGCCGGAGGAGUGGCACGCCAACCGGCACCCGUCCACCCCAUCCUCGGAGCACCCCAUGGGCCAGGGACCCCCCAAGGAAGCCGGGAAGCCCCAAAGCCCCGGUGCAGCUGAUGCCCUCCCACCAGCCGGCUCCAGCCCCGCCGAGGGGUGCUCCCAGGAGGACAUGUCCCCCCUGGGCGAUGGCAAGGUGCAGAAACACGUCACCUACGUACCCAUCAAGAGCAUCAGCGUCGACAGCUCCCACCUCCCGGGGCGGGUGCGGGUGGCGGUGAGGAGGACCCCACCGCCACCCCCCAUCCGCUACCAGAGCCUGGGGCAGCAUGCUGUGCCGGCCGGGGACAGCCCGGAGCCAGCAGAGCCAUCCCCGGCCCCCAGGCAAGCAGGAGAGCCGGAGGGAACACCAGCAGGGACAGCAGAGGAAGAUCCGGGGUGUGUGUCCCCCCCGGCAGGGAAGGGCAGGCGGCUGACCACAGCCUCCAUCCCGGCACAGGUCUGCCCCUGGGAGCUGGUCCAGGAGGAGAUCCUGAGCUGGAAGCAAAAAGCUAACGAAGCAGCAGACUCGGGGACCCUCGGUGACACAGUGGCCACCCCCCCAGUCAAGCCAUCCUCCCAGAAGGCCUCCCUCCGGGGCCUGGGACUCGCCAUCGACUGCUCCAGGGGGAAGAGCAUCCUGAAGGGGAAGAGGGAGGGCGAGGGGAGCCUCGGGAAGAGGGGGCACGAGCGGGAGGGGGGCAGCAGGAGGGAGAAGCUCAGCCUGGCAGAGACAUCGGCCGCAUCCCUCGGGGGGAUCGGCCGAGACCCCGCUGCCAAAAGCCCCGAGUGGAGCAGGCAGAGGCCCGGCAGCGAGCCCACCUCCCGCCCGUGGCAGGGGGACACGGUCCCCUGCCAGCACAACAACAACAACGCCAGCACUACCUGGGAAGCUGCAGGCUGGGGGGACGGCAGGGCAGAAGGACAGCAGGACAGCCCAGCCCUGGGGACAGGCGAUGGUGAGAAACUGGCAGAGGAGCCCAGCGCUCCCGGGGGGAUGCAGAUCGUUGGCCACCAAGAAGGAGCCAAACAUCCUCGUGAAACCCCGGUGGUGGCCGGCAGCGGGAAAGCACAGAUACAUCCCUGGCAAGGGGCCGAGGCUCCCAUGGCAGAGCCGGGGAAGGAUGCUCCUGCAGCCAUCGUGAGGCUGAUCACACCGAAGGAAGGGGCGGCCAGGCCGGCUGAAGGGCUCGAGGGGGGCAGCGGGUCCAUCCACCCCCAGGACCACACAGAGGUCGAGCAGCCACAUGCAAAACCCAUCGCGAGCAGCCCCUACCCAUCCACUACCGGUGUGCGGAGAGGGGCUGCCGAGAAGCCAGGGGCUGAGGUUUGUCCCCGGGGAGCCCUGGGCAUCCCAGCAGGAAGAGCAGCCUUGCUGCGCCAGGAGGCAAUUGCUUCCCGGGAGGACAGGGGGAUCCCACUGGGCGAGGAGAGCCCGGCCAAGGCGCUGGAGAAGGGGGGCAGCCAGCCCGAGCCCCUCAGUCCUGGGGGGGGCCAGGGCACCGAGAGAGUCCCCCCAAGGAGCCGGAGCACAGAGGUGGCCCCGGCUGCAAUAGGGAAAGCUGGCAGGGCAGCGGGCGGGCAGGCAGAGGUCCGUCCUGGAGAAACCCCGGCAGAUCCCAGCAUUAAAACAGAAAUCUGCCCCUGGGAGGAAAGCAAAGGCGAGCACUGGGGGCCAGGCAGAGCCCUGGGGAAGGGCGGCAGCGAGGGGGAUCCCAGCCACCCCAGGGAAGAGCCGGGCAUGGAGAAACCACUAGCAAAAACCCCAGAGCUGCUGAAAGUGGCUUCGGAGAAAGCAGGCAGUGUGGAGGGCAGGCGGGCUGAGGUUUGUCCGUGGGAGAUGGAGGAAGGGGGAAGGACCGUCAGAGCAGAAAUCUGCCCCUGGGAGGCGGAGGGGGCUCAGCCGGAGCAAGAGAGGCAGGAAGGAGAGAGGAGGCGGCUGGCCAAGUGGGUCAAGAGCAUCAGACCAAAAUCACUGGGUUUGCUGAGAGCGCAGGAGAGCGGGAGCAGCCUGCAAGUGCCCAGCCAGCCCUGGGGCAGUGCCAGCAGCGAGGAGCCCCCACCAAAACCUGCUCCCAAAAGCUUGGAGCUUCCAGAAGUGACCUCGAGGAGCCCGGCGAGCACACGGGCUUCAGUUUGUCCCUGGGAAGCGGCGGGAGCUGACAGCGAUGCAGAAGAAGUUUGCCCUCGGGAAAGGGGAGCAGCCUUAUCCGAUGCAGGAAAAUUAGAUGAUGAUAAAAUUUCCCAAGUGAAGAAAGGUGCGGAGCAGCCCGGCACGGGGCUUGCAGCAAAACACUCAGCUCUGCCCAAAACAUCAUCCAAGCAAGCAGGAACCAUCGAUAGCAAAAAGGCCGACAUUUGUCCGUGGGAAGUAGAGGAUGAGCCGCUUGCUAAAAGAGAAAUCUGCCCUUGGGAAGAGCCUGCAGCUCCAUUGGGGAAGGAGAGACCGAGUCAGGACAUGCAUGGGACUUCCAAAGGGGAAAACAAGCCAGGAUCUGGAGGACUUGAAGAUAUCAAAGCAAAGCUGGCAGAGAUGGGUGGCCAUCGGCCAGAGCACAGGGACACCGGGAUCUUUGCAAAGCUCAUUAGGAAAAGCCUGGAGAAUUCAAAAGCCGAGUCCAAGAAAUCCCAGAGCGUGGAGAGCAUAAAGGAGGAGGUCUGUCCCUGGGAGAGCCUGGGCACAGAGCAGCCCCCAGAAAAACCCCGUGCCGGGAGCCCAGCGCUGCCCAAAUCACCUUCAAGGAAAUCCCAGAGCGUGGAGAGCCUGAAGGCAGAGGUCUGUCCUUGGGAGCUUGAAUCCAGUGAUAAAGCAGAAAUCUGCCCCUGGGAGGUGGCUGCUCCACCAUCAAGUAAAGAGAAAUCAAGACAGGACAAAGGUGCUCUGUCCAUAGUGAGCAAAAGCCCUUCUACAAGUCAAGGUCUCUGCAAAGAGAUUGGAGACAGCAUGUCUGCAAAGAAGGAGAAAGCAAGCAGAGACCGUGAGUCCAUCUGUCCCUGGGAGAGCCUGGGCACGGAGCAGCCCCCAGAAAAACCCCGUGCCGGGAGCCCAGCGCUGCCCAAAUCGCCUUCAAAGAAAUCCCAGAGCGUGGAGAGCCUGAAGGCAGAGGUCUGUCCUUGGGAGGCUCAGGAGAUUGAAGCCACUGAUAAAGCAGAAAUCUGCCCCUGGGAGGUGGCUGCACCUCCCUCCGAUCAGCAAAAGGCAAAGCAGGGUCCUGGGGGGGCUUCAAAGGGGACAAGCGUGUCAGGCGCCAGGCCACUAGCCAGCCCGGUGAGAUCCCUGGAGAAGGGCAGCAGCGAGCGAGAGGCCGUCUGUCCCUGGGAGAGCCUGGGCACGGAGCAGCCCCCAACAAAACCCCGUGCCGGGAGCCCAGCAUUGCCCAAAUCACCUUCAAAGAAAUCCCAGAGCGUGGAGAGCCUGAAGGCAGAGGUCUGUCCUUGGGAGGCUCAGGAGAUUGAAGCCACUGAUAAAGCAGAAAUCUGCCCCUGGGAGGUGGCGGCACCUCUGCUGGAGAAAGGAGCAGCCCUGGGUAAGGUGAGCCUCCCACCAAAAAAAGCGGGUGCCUCCAAACCACCGGAGAAGGGGAGCAGCAAGCAUGAGGCCAUCUGCCCCUGGGAGAGCCUGGGCACGGAGGAGCUCUCCCUGAAAACUGCAACGGGGAAAGAGCCAUCCAAGAAGUCCGACAGCACGGAGAGCAGGAAAUCUGAUAUUUGCCCCUGGGAAGCAGCAGAGCCCACCGGCUCGGUGAAGGAAAGCUUCAAACCAGGCGUGCACCCACAGGGAGCUGACACGGCAUCCCUCAUCGGGAUGGGAACGUCAAAGCCGGUGGCAGGAGCCAGCGCUGCAUCUGUAACAGCUCUGCUGAAAAAAUCCAAGGGCAGAUCUGACGGCGAGGCCGAGCACAAGCCCCUGUGCCGCAUCCUGCCGGGCAUCCAGCCCCCGCGGGGCCCCAGGGCAGAGCCACUGCCUCGGGGAGCGAGCACAGCUCCCGUGGCGGGCAGCAGCCCCAGCCCAGGCACUAGCAUAGCUGAGGUUUGUCCCUGGGAAGCCAAAGAUGCUCCGCCAGCAUCUGACAAGACCAGCACAGACACGAGGAAAACCUCCGAGGUGUGUCCGUGGGAGGUGGAGAGCAUGGAUCCCACCCCGACCCUCCGCGGGCAGGGCAGAGCCGGGGCGAGCCCCCACGAUGGAGGCAGGGGGGGUGAGUGA